CCCGCAGCCCCGGGCCAGACGCAGGCGCAGAAGCGGGGCAGCUCCGCUGCGCCCGGCGGCCCGCGGGCCUCAGGCCGUGCGCCGCGACUCGUUCCUGGUCAUCCGCGGCAGGGUGCUCCGCCGCAGGGGACGGGCCCCGCCCCUUCCCCCCGCCCCCCGCCGCCAUGCUGCGGCCGCCCGGCAGGCGGAGGGGAUGACGCACGUCCGGCGCAUUACGUCACGGGGCGGGGCGCCCCGCCUGCAGCCAUGCCUGCCGGCGUGCCUUGGCCCACCUACCUGAAGACGCUGGCGGCCAGCUUGCUGGCCAUGUUCGCCGGUGCCGAGGUCGUGCACAGGUACUACCGGCCCGACCUGAGUAUACCUGAAAUACCUCCUAAGCCUGGAGAACUGAAAACAGAACUAUUGGGUCUAAAAGCAAGAUCAAGCAAAGUUCAGACUUCAGAACAGUGACCACAAUUUACUUACAUUGUGAAAACUGGAACUGAUAAAAUACUUUUUCAGCUGUCUCGACUGCAGAAAUCUUUAUGUGAAAUACUGUACUCCCUUAAUACUUUUUUUGUUGUUUCCUUUAAGCAGUUACAGACAGCAUCAAAAAUAAAUGUAUGAUGAAUACAAUUAAAAGUCCAAUUUUUUGCGUGCCAAAAUGCUUAUGAUUUCUUUAAUCUUCACUGCUGUAUAAGUUCCCUUCAGAAUAAAAGAUGUAAACUCA